AUGGAGGUAAGCUGCCCUGUGUUGUUGCGUGUUCUCCUUGGCUGGUGGCACUACGGAGUCCUCGCAGACAGCGGAGUGGCGCAGCGAUUCGGGAUGGAGGCGCAGGAGGUGGCUUCCCAGAGUCUGCUUCAGCUGAGCCGCAGCGGCGCCCUCAGCCGAAGGCUGGCACAGCUGAGUGACGACCUCGCAAAGGCCGCCGAGAUCCACCGAAGCCAUGCCGAGCUUGGCAACGGCACUUCCAAGUCCCUCGAAGCUGUGCAGGAGGAGCUGGAAGUUCUAAGAAGCCACGCAAUCCUUGUGGACGUCGCAGCAGUGGAGAAGCUCCGGAGUGGCGUGGCGCAGUGCAACGCCGAUCUCGAGGGGGCGUUCCAGGGAAAGCAGGGUGUCAACAGCUUGGAAGCUGCCGUGCACCAGGCUGAGGGCCGACACGAUGCUUGCAGGACGAAGACAACGACAGGGCCGGAAUCGAAGCGGAAAUCAUACUAUAGUGGAUAUGGCUCUCGCAGACAGCGACGUUCCUGGAGGCGGAAGUGGAAGUUCGGGUGGCGACGGCCGAAGCGUCGCUGGAACUACGGCUCGCUGGUCGAAUCUGAGGCUUUAAGGGAGGACGAGACGGGCAGUUGGAAGCGUAGAAGGCGUACCAGCUGCGAUGACCUCCAACACGAGCUGGAGUCCACAUUUUGCCAGUACCGGGCAAGGUUGACCCAGGCCUGUGGUGAGCUUGAAGCCUGCAGCGUCCGGCUGGGUCGGAGACUUGCGGACGAGGGAGCCGACGAGGUGAGAUCGGUCAACUUGAAGACUCGACUAGAGGUCGGGUGCCAAUUGAGUAGGGGAGUGGCCUUACACGACCCCCCGAGAAUGCCCUGCAGAGCCGGGUAUAGGAUACCCCUAUAUUAUUAUUAUUAUUAUUAUUAUUAUUAUUAUUAUUAUUAUUACUAUUAUUAUUAUUAUUAUUACUAUUAUUACUAUUAUUAUUAUUAUUACUACUACUAUUAUUACUAUUAUUAUUACUAUUAUUAUUACUACUAUUAUUACUAUUACUACUAUUAUUACUACUAUUACUAUUAUUAUUAUUAUUAUUACUAG